AUGAAAUUUGAUGAAAUAACUAAGAAAUUACUUGAACUUAUCGAUUGGAGUACUGCAGAUGCCAACUGCACUUCACUACUUCCAUUUACGACAGAUCAACCUUCUGCUCGGUAUUUCAUCGAAAAUGUAACUGGUGCAUUUUUCAUUCUCCUAGUAAUUGCUACAGUCUUUGCUUGUUGUGUUCUGAUGUUAGCAGCUACCCAUUGGUAUUAUGUAUGGACUUACGUUGCCGAAGAAAAACGACGAAACAAGCUCUAUUUUCUGCUAUCGUUAUUUCCGGUAUCAACGUUGUGUUGUUAUAUUGGGAUGAUAUCACCACGAACUUCGAUGGUGAUGUCUUCACUUGGUGUUUUGUAUUUUCUGGCGUGCUUGUUCAUACUCAUUUCACUAAUAAGGCACUUAUUUGGUAACCGUGACGCAUUCUCAGCCACACUUUUGAUCGAUAAAAAACCAAUUGAUUUCCAAAGUCCUCCAUUUUGCUGUUGUUGCCCUUGUUUACCAACAGCAAGAAGUACUGUGAAGAAUUUGCGGAAUCUAGAAUGGUUGGUUCUGCAAGCACCUGUGGUGCGUACAAUCAUUGUUACUUUCAACGUCAUUGCGAUUGCAGAAUGGCGUGAGGCUGCUAAUAAAUACAUACACUUGAGUGAAACGAUUUCUGUUGCGUCGUUACUUCUAGCUAUUUUUGGUGUCCAUACUUUGGCUCGUUUAACUUCUGAUAAACUUGGCCAGUACGGGUUUAUGACUGUAUUCCGAGUGGUUGAUAUUGCACUCCUAUUUUUCACAGCUCAACAACCAAUGAUUUUUGACAAUAUUUUGAUACGUUUUGGUGUUUUAAAAUGCGGUCCAUUACUAUCAGCCCGUGAUAAUGCGCGAUUUAUAUGCAAUUUUGUAAUUAUCAUGGAGAUGUUGCUAUUAUCAGCAUUUACAACUUACAUGGUGGCUCCUACACGAAGUGCGUUGUUUGAUUUAUAUGAUCCAAAGAGACUGGAUAGCAUGCAUUCCGGAAUAACUCAGGAGAGCUUGCUCAGCAACUCUGAAACUAUCAGUAUCAUGCUGAAUUGA